ACUGACUUCACACCGCUGUCUAUCUCUCCUCUUGAGGUCACCUUACCUUUACUAAAACCCGAGCAGAUCAUCGCGGUGGUUCACCUUAUUACAAUCAUGACUGGCAGGAAGUUUUUCGUUGGUGGUAAUUGGAAGAUGAACGGUGAUAAGAAAAGCCUUGGAGAGCUCAUCAACACCCUGAACAGCGCAAAGCUCAACGCCGACACCGAUGUGGUCUGUGGAGCUCCUACCAUUUACCUUGACUUUGCCAGGUCCAAACUUGAUCCUAAAAUUGGUGUGGCUGCACAGAACUGCUAUAAGGUUGCAAAGGGUGCCUUCACUGGAGAGAUCAGCCCUGCGAUGAUUAAGGACUGUGGUGUGGAGUGGGUGAUUCUGGGACACUCUGAGCGCCGUCACGUGUUUGGAGAGAGUGAUGAGCUGAUUGGCCAGAAAGUAGCUCAUUCUCUUGAGAGUGGCCUAGGUGUGAUCGCUUGUAUUGGGGAGAAGUUGGAUGAGCGAGAGGCUGGCAUCACCGAGAAGGUUGUCUUUGCACAGACCAAAGCCAUCGCAGACAAUGUGAAGGACUGGAGUAAGGUGGUGAUGGCUUAUGAGCCUGUCUGGGCCAUUGGCACUGGUAAAACUGCAUCGCCACAACAGGCUCAGGAAGUGCAUGAUAAACUCAGGCAGUGGAUGAGUGCCAACAUUUCUGAGGCUGUUGCUAACUCUGUUAGGAUCAUUUAUGGAGGUUCAGUUACUGGGGCAACCUGCAAGGAGCUGGCAGCCCAAAAAGAUGUGGACGGCUUCUUGGUGGGCGGAGCUUCACUGAAACCCGAGUUUGUCGACAUAAUCAACGCCAAAGCGUAAAAGAAACUUCAAACGAAGGAGCUGAGGAACAACUGCCGCUGACCUACGCCCAUCUCACCUCCAUUCUAGUCCUAGCUAAAGCACUUCUGUCCCAUUCAAACUAAAUCUUUAUUUCCCUUCUCUCCAAGUAUUUGUGCUGCUGUUCCUGCACCAAUUUACAUUUCAUUUUGUGCAUUACGUAUUGUCCAUGAAAGAGAUGAUUUAGUCGUGAUGCGAUUGGCACUUUUAUGUGAAGGCAGUAUUACACUGAAGGAGACCAUGUCAACUCUCCACAUUAAUACUACCACCUACAUGGAUUAGAGGAAUCAGCACUGGGCUUUUAGGCCAUGCCUUUAAAUGCCAAAAUGUUUACCAGCUCUUUUUGUGCAUACACUGUCACUUUGUUUGUGUCUCUUAAGUCCAUAGAAUUCCCCCUUACUGUAUGUUCUGUGACUUGUUAAGUUAAUAACACAUCAACUGCUCUCUGGCCACUGGGUCAAGAAGCUGUUCAUGAUUCGUCAUAACCAGGCACUAUAAGGUUAAUGCAAGUAAGAAACUUGUAAUAAAUGGUUGUGGAUAGAACAAA